GUUAUAUGAAGUUCCCGCAUCCAAGAGAUGACCAGCCUGUGGAUGCCCCAGAUUCUUCGGCCCGACUAUACAUGGCCACGACAACGUCCAGCACUGCUUCGAGUAUCUGAGAUAACUCCUCCAGUCCCUCACAUACCAGGCAGGACAGUUAGACUCAUCUGGGGGCUCAUUCAUAGAGGUCUAUGCCACUUUUCCAAAUGGUACUGCCACUGGUUCGGCAUUCCAUUUGAUCACAACAUUGUCCAGCUGCCAUUCGGUCUACUUAUGAAAUGGACGGAUCGAACGAACUUGGAGGAGGUCGCAGCAAUGCAAAUGGUAGCAGCAGCUGGAAUUCCGGCUCCCAAAUUUCUUUGUUGCGGCGAACAUCCAAAUCAACCAUUCAAUAGAACUUUCUCGAUCUUGAUGACGAGGCUUCCCGGAAUAACCCUUGAGAACUCUGAUGAUCUACUACAGGUUGAAGGGGAGGAACCAUGGCUCGAGGAGUUGAAAACCUGUGUAGAUGCCAUGCGUCAAUGGAGCCCUCCCGAGAAGCUGUUCACCGGUUCCGUGCUUAGAACCCCGAUAUUGAGCCAGCGGGUUCCGCGCCAUAUCAUGGGGCCGUUCACAACUCAAGAGGACUUAUAUGAUUAUCUUUUUUCUGCCGCUUCAGCACACGGUUUUCCCUCGAAAGAAAAGUUCCAGGAGACGCUAGUGGAAGCGAGGAAGAUAUACGAAAGGCCACAUCGGGUGGUGUUCACCCAUGGCGACUUUAAAGCUCACAAUAUCCUUGUUGACAACGACGGACAUUUGUCAGGCUUUCUAGAUUGGGAAUCUGCCGGGUGGUACCCCGAAUACUGGGAAUUUACUACAGCUAUGAGGUUUGGGCGGAAUAGCUGGUGGUAUCAAGUGGCUGCAUGGAUGGGAGGGGACCAGUAUUCGCAGGAGCUAUCUUCAGAUGUUGCCUUGAAUCUGUUGACAGUUGAUUCGUAUGUCGGAAUGUGACCUAUACGGGAGGAUUAUUUUGUUAUUUUAAUCCAUCCACCAUACAUAACUACUGUCGUGCUUCAUCCCCGCUUCUUAAAUUAAUUUAUACCUAAGAAACCAAUGUAUAAUAAA